CCAUGAGGGAUCAAAUGCAAAGCGAGCACUUCGCGCCAAUUGACCUUCCCUCACAUAGCUCCGUGUCUUCGUAGAAUUUAUACAGAUAGUAGUUUUAUAAUAUAUAUCAUAACGACAUGGAGUCGGAGCCAAACUAUCUACAAGACCUUCUAGCUGAAAAAGAAAGCUUAGACCCGUCAUUUAUCCAUUGCAUGAGGCUUUUAACAUCGGAAAUCAACAGGGUCCAAAGUGGCGGCACGCUUGUGAUGUCCCCCAUGUCUGAAGAUGAAAAAGCAAAAAAUGGAGAGAAGGGAGAAGGCAGUGAAGAGGACCCACUUGUAGAAGGGGGACAACGCCCUCCUAGGGAGCGACGUGAGCCUAGACAAUGGAGAAGGCCCUUUCCCACUGAGGAAGGCAAACUAUACAAGCCUGUUAAAUUAUCAGAGAAAGUCUUUAUCCCAGUUAAAGACCACCCGAAGUUUAACUUUGUUGGCAAGUUGCUUGGCCCCCGUGGCAACACAUUCAAGCGGCUGCAGAACAGCACUGGCACCAAGAUGUCAAUAUUGGGCAAGGGUUCCAUGAGAGACAAAGAAAAGGAGGAAGAAUUGCGUGCUACUGAAGACCCCAAAUAUGCCCACUUGGGUGAGGAACUUCAUGUGCUGAUUGAGGUGGAGGCACCCCCGGGUCAGGCACACGCCCGUCUUGGCAUCGCCAUAGAGGAGAUAAAGAAAUACCUGAUCCCAGAGAUGAACGAUGAGAUUCAUCAGGAACAAAUGAGAGAAAUGGCUAUCCUCAACUCAAUAGAAGACACCAACAACAACCCAGCACCUCCCCAGGCAGCACAACCCUUACCAACACCCACCGCGCGAGGGAGACCCAGGCCACGCCCUAUUGCUGCCACACCAGGCCACCCACUAGGGAUACCUGUAAGCCGAACUGGACCCCCUAUUGGCAUGAGACCCAGAAUCUCGCACCACCACCAGACGCUUACUGCAGCUGCCAGGUCUGCGGCAGGGCUGCCGUCGUCACCAACACUUGCACAGCCUGCACCUAGAGCGCAGGCUCCACACGCAGGAGAUCCUUAUGUUAUGCAACAGUUGAUUAUUCCAGAUCAGACGCACCAUCUGGAGCGUCUACCCAUUCAUGAGACCUACGACCCCACAUAUGCUGCGUAUGAGGCUGCUUACGCUGAGGCGGACGAUGUCCAGUACUAUGACUAUGGGCGUGGUCCCGCCGAGAUCUAUGAGACGGCCUACCCAACUGCUGUCAGACUUCAGCCCACUGGCUACAAGACACCUCAACUUAGGCCAGCAAAGAAAGUUGCGCGUGAAGCUACUUUGCCAUAUUAAAGCGAUUUACAUAAAUGAUCACCUGGCACUAUUUUUAUAGCCACUUUUAUAUGUUUUUGGUCUAGAACAGAACUUAUGACCAUGGGUCACUCUUGUUAGGGCGUGGGAAGUAAGUUAUAGUGAUUUCUUAGUUGUUUACAGCAAGUCAUUGCCUACAGUAAUUUAAAAUGGAAUUGCCUUCUGAUUAAACUUUCCAUAAAAAAUAUAUUCUAUAUGACUAGUCCCAUAAAAUAUCACAAGAUGAUCUGGAAUUAUCCUCCUAAAACUCUCUCCUAAACUUUACUUAAAUAAGCCUUAUUAAAACCACACACCUGAUAAUCACAAAUAAAUCACAUCUGAUAAAUCGUAGGUAGUUUAUACUUGUGUUCUUGCCACAUAUCACCAUCUUUACUCAGUGCACAAGGAAAUAAACUUAUUAAGAAUACUAAUAACUUAACCCUUUCCCCUGUUGAUGAUUUAUAGAGAUGUGUGUUUUAUGAUAGGGCUAAUAAAGUUUUAUGGUUCUUUUGAGAGAAACCUAUUGUAAAAUUGCUUAACUGCCUUUAUGAUUAUUGAAUAAUUAAUAAAGAAGUGAACAAUUAAAAAUGUGUUGUUUUCCUAAACAAAUCUAAAUUUAAACUACCUCUAAAAACGUUGUAUCUAAUAUUUGUCUUACCCAGAUGCAGGUUUUAAUGCAGCAACAGUCUGCAAGUUUAAUACUAAAUUCCUGAAUAACUUUCUCACUUGUCCCAAAUCUAAAUUUGAAUAAGGCCUGAAAUAUUAAAUUAUAAAACCAUUGAAAACUCUACAGAUAUAAAAUAUUAAAGGCAUCAGAAGGCAUUCGCAAGUAAAACCUGGAUGUGUUCUAACCGAGUUUCAGCAUUUUCAAUAAGAGUAUUUUAAUAAGAUGACAGUCUUGUACAAUUAGUCAUCUAGCGUUUGUAAACAUAUUUUUGUAUUGAGAUUGAUUUUUCUAAGGAAAAGGAUAUUUUUGACAAUUCCUAUCUUUUGUAUUCAUACUACUCAUAGAAAUAAAGGAAUCGAAGUUGUU